UGGCUAAGGCCUACUUAUUCUCUCACACGUCCCAUCGCCAUUUUUAGACUAUCCUUGUCUCUCUUCCUCCUCUCCCUCUCGCUCUUUCUCUCUCUCUAAGCAUCCCUUUGUACUUUGUGUCGUCGCCAAGAACCACCACCACCGGCAACAUAAGCACACACUCGCUCUGGAAAAUGACUUUCUAAGAGCUCUCACUUUUUACCAGUCAUAGCCUAGUGGUACACUGAUUGGUCGAAUACAAUUACGCAAUGCUGGAUCUCAAUCUCAGUAUGGUUUCAAGUACUGAUCGGUCCAGCUCCACUUCAAUCGAUAAGAAGUUUCCGGAGCUUUUCAGCAACCAAUUGGAAAGUUCUGGAAGCUUCAAUUCCUCUCCAGUUGUCAACGCCGGCGACGAGGACGCCUCCUCCAACGCUGACGCGCUUGCCUACUCUUUCAGCAUCUUGAACAACAACGGCGGAAGUGUUGCAGUUGUUGAUCAUGGUGACGAUGACGACGACAGCGGUGACCGAACGAUCCAGCUUUUCCCUGUGGAUGGUGGCGCCUGCUGGGGACAGAGCAUCGGGGAGGAUAUUCGCGGGAGAGAAUGGUUGGAUCUGAGAAGUAGGGCGGCGGAGUACGGAGGUCUUGCUGAGCAGAGGAGCGUUCCACCGGCUCAGCAACAGCGCCUGCAGCAGGUGAAGAAGAGCCGGCGUGGGCCUAGGUCACGGAGUUCUCAGUAUCGUGGCGUUACGUUUUAUAGAAGGACUGGUCGAUGGGAAUCUCAUAUUUGGGAUUGUGGCAAACAAGUGUACUUGGGUGGAUUUGACACCGCUCAUGCUGCAGCUAGGGCAUAUGAUCGAGCUGCGAUCAAGUUUCGUGGAGUUGAUGCUGAUAUCAAUUUCACUGUCAGUGAUUAUGCUGAAGACAUCAAGAAGAUGAGUAACUUUACGAAGGAGGAAUUUGUCCAUAUCCUGCGUCGCCAAAGCACAGGUUUCUCUCGAGGAAGUUCAAAAUAUAGGGGAGUGACCCUUCACAAAUGUGGGCGAUGGGAGGCUCGUAUGGGACAGCUUCUGGGCAAGAAGUAUAUAUACCUUGGGCUAUUCGAUAGCGAGAUAGAAGCUGCAAGGGCUUAUGACAAGGCUGCUAUAAAAUGCAAUGGUAGGGAAGCAGUCACUAACUUUGAGCCUGGCACAUACGAUGGGGAGAUUAUCUCUGAGGCUAAUGAUGGGGUUCACAGUCAAAAUCUUGAUCUGAACUUGGGAAUUGCUCCCCCUCAUGUGGAGGAUGACGUAAAUGGGGACAAAAUUAUGGGCGGCCCAUGUUUCCAGCAUGGCUUGGAUGGAAUCGACAAGGGAGAGAAGACUGGAUUUUCUGGUUCUGCAUCGGUGGGGGUUCUACCUCUCCUCGGCCCUUCUGUGGCAUCUGAGCACUCUUCCAUGUGGAAUGGUGCCAAUUUCAGUUUCUAUCCCCUCUAUAAGGGAAGAGCAAUAGAGAAGAGGAUGGAAGUAGAUCCUCCACUAAAUCGGGCAUGGCAAAUCCAAACACCGUAUAGUGAGGCUAUUUCAGUGCCAUUCUACUCUACUGCAGCAUCAUCAGGAUUCGCUUUUUCAACAAUUCACAAUGCACCAUCAGCUUCCUCUGCUCAAUUUCACUUUCCAAAUGCUGCUAUGAUCCACCAUGAUUUUUCUCCUUCAUUCAUCAACCCAAACAUACCCAAUUUCUAUUGCAAGAGCUGAGAGGUAGAUUGUAUCGACUAUCUUUACUGUUCCUUUAUUGGAAGGAGGAUGCAGGUAGGGAAACCAAAGAAUGUACCUAGUGGUAGUCAUUAACUACGUUUAUAUGUUCAAUAGCACUCAUGUAUUAGGCUCUCCGCGUAACCAUGUUACACGCAUCUCGUUUUCUUAACUGAAAAGGUAACCAUGUUACAAGGCCUAUACUUUGAAGUUUCACAAUUUUUCGAUGAGGAACCAGCUUCUAUUUCCUCUACUCAGCGAAGAUGGUUUAUCGGAUAUUAUGAUGUUGGUUAUUAGGAGUGAACUUUAUUCUUCGCAUUGCAAUUUACUAAUAUUGUUUUAUCAUUGGUUAACAUGUAAGAAAUUGGGGAUUCAAAGCUCAUGCUUUAUGAUCUGUUUAGGGUACAUUGUUGCAGAAUGUUAUAACCUCGUUAUUGAUAUAUUAGUCUUCCUUU